AAAAGCUAAUUGCGGUGAUCGCCGAUAAUGGAAAGCUCUGAAUUGAUGAGUGAGCGAAGUGGUCACACGUUGCGAGUUUACGAGGGAAUGUCUCAAUCUCUUUUACAACCUAUCUCUUUUACAACUUCUGAUAAGUCCCCUAUCAAAUCAAAAAUUUCACACCACCUAUAGUCAACGAAAGCAUUGACAGCUUGACGCAAGUUCUACCGUCUGGCCUAAAUCUCAACCUCAUCACUGCCGUAUUCGUUUGGCUUCGAUCGAUUCCGUUCUCCCUCAUCAAUCUACCGGCAACAGUUCAAACCCAAUAUAGCCCCAAAAAAGACCGCCUCACAGAAAAUAUACACGGAAAUGGGAUCACUACAGUGGGACUACAUCCUCAAAUAUGUCCUGAUCGGCGACUCUUCCGUCGGCAAAUCGUCACUCCUCGUUCGUCUCACCGACGAUCGUUUCGACCUUACCGAACCAACCCUUGGUGUCGAGUUUGGGAGCCGGAUAUUAACUGUAGGCGAGCAGGGAAAGAGGGUUAAAGUGCAAUGCUGGGAUACGGCAGGGACGGAGAGUUUUAGGAGUAUAACACGGAGUUAUUUUAGGGGAGCGGCUGGAGCAUUGCUGGUUUAUGAUGUUACACGGCGAGACUCAUUUGAACAUGUUACUUCUUGGCUUGAUGACCUUAGGCGGCAUGCCGAUGAAAACGUGUCUAUCAUCUUGGUCGCGAACAAGACCGACUUGUGCUCUCCUACCCCCCCAUCACUUCCUACAGCAUCAUACGGCCAAGCAAUCCCACCUCCUUCCCCUACGCCCCCAUCUUCAUCACCCCAAUUUAGCUUUAAACCCCGAGCGGUCACCUCUCAAGAAGGGAUGUUAUUCGCUAAAUCAAAUAAUUUGCUGUAUGUCGAGACUUCGGCGAAAGAAGGAUGGAAUGUUGAGAAUGCGUUUGAGUGGACGGCCAGGGAGAUUUUGAAGCGGGUUACGGAAGAAGAACUGGAGAGGAAAAAGGGUGGCAACGGCGUUAAGCUGGGAGAGGGAAAGAAGGCAGGAGGGUGUUGUUGAUAGGGCGAUGUUGAGGUCUGAUGAUGAUUAAAGGGAUAUCGCCAGUAUAAUGACAACCAGGGUCAAAGGGGUGUUAUCUCAUGGUAGGAUGUUGUACUUUUAGCGUAAGUCAUA